AUGUCAACAUUGGAUAAUUUGCGACAAGAUAUCGAUGCUCUGCGAAAAGAAUUAGAAUAUCUGAAUACCAAGAAGAAAGCAUUAGAAAAUGAAGUGAAUAAUGCUAUUGUUAAUGAUAAAGAAGAAGAACCUCUUCUACAAGAAUUCAACGUAUUAUUCAAUCAAUUUCCUGAUCUGUUCGAAUUGCUAUCAAAAGAGAAAAUAAAGAGGUCUGAAAUGUUGGGAAAGCAUCAUCGUGAUGAGGUAUUUGGCACUGAGGAAGAAGCGAAUAAGCGUAAACAAUCAGAGCAUUUAAACGACGAUGAUAAUAUGCCAGAACAUGAAUGGAUCUUGAAUAAACAACCAAUUAUUGAACAUAAAAUAUUUGCUUCUGAAUUAUCGGAAAAUAUAAAUACUGAUAUAUUGACUUCACCAUCGAAGAGGAAGAAAGUCAUUGAAGGGAUAGAGAUAACUGGAAAUGAUGCAAAUAUGGGAUACAAGAAUCCAAAUUUGAAUGAAGAACUCGAGAGAAAGAUUAUAAAGGAGAAUACAUUUAGAUUAUUUGGUAUUUCAUAUUUCCCUGUUGUCGAUCCGUGUGAUUUAGUACAUGACAAAUCUAACAAUGAAGUGAAUAAUAAAAGAGAAAUGAUUGGUAUUAGGUUAGAGGUAUUUGAUGAUACUCUUGGUGUAUUUGAGAAACCACACUACAUCCUAUUGAAAAAAAAGACUAAAUCAAACAAUUGGGGCUUAUUCAAAUAUACAAUCCCAAAUUAUAUAGAUAUUUAUUUGAUUUUUCAAAGGAUUAAUAAUGGAAUACUAUUAACAUAUGAAGACAUAUAUAUUUUUGCAAAGCAGGUAUAUAUUCAAUUGUUAUUAAUUCAAAAUAGGAAAAAAAACCUUAUGCAAUUACAAGAAGCCAAUAUCGUGUCCGACAUACUAAUUGAUCUGAACUUGAAGUUAAUUAAAAUGAAUAUAAUAAACACAACAACUAAACUAACGUUAUAUUUAGAGAAAGAUAAAGUCACAUCAGUAUCAAUAUAUUCGGAGACUCUAGAUAUUCACAGCCAAAAACGCUGGAAAUUAACGCUUUUGGGCCCUGUUUCCGGAAUAUCAAGAAAGAUAAGAUACCUUUCGCAAAUGUAA